AUGCCCAUUUCCAAGAAGGACCGCAUCCACCGCGAGCACAAGAAGGCUGAAGCCGCUGGCACUCGCGUUCCCGUCCACGCCAAUGGAACUCCGGUAAAGAAGCCCAAGGCAACUUCGAUCUGCGCCUUCUGCAAGAAGGAGUUGACUAGCUCCAACCUUGCCAUUCUCGAGCAGCACGCUUCCACCCACCCCGACGUCUGGACUAAGGAGAAGUGCUGGCCCAACGAGUUCAAGUGA